AAAAGCUAACGGCCUUAAACGUCCAACACAAAAAGAAAAAAAAAAAAAAAAAAAAAACCACACACAUAUCCCUUGAAAGACCAAAAAAAAGCAAAGACACAGAAGACAGAGAUGCUGAGCAGAGCAGCCACAGCUUCUCUUUCAGUCUCUGCUGUUUCUGCAAACCCAUCAAAACCAUCCUUCUUCUUCUCCAACACCUCCAAAUUUCUGGGUCUCAACCAUAAUCUCUCCUUCUCUGCUCCAAACCGUCUUUCCAAUUUCCCCUGUCUUUCAUGGAACACUAAGAAAACCGCUAACAAGUCGAGAAUGGCAAGUUUCACCACUCGAGCUUCGGCACAGCCCCUCAAGAAUGCCGACGAACUCAUCGACUCUGUUGAGACCUUUAUCUUCGACUGUGAUGGAGUUAUAUGGAAAGGGGAUAAGCUGAUUGAUGGAGUCCCGGAAACUCUUGAACUGCUACGGUCAAAGGGAAAAAGAUUAGUCUUUGUUACCAACAACUCAACAAAGUCUAGGAAGCAAUAUGGAAAAAAGUUCGAGACGCUUGGCCUGAAUGUCAAUGAGGAGGAAAUUUUUGCAUCAUCUUUUGCUGCUGCUGCCUAUUUGAAGUCCAUCAAUUUCCCAAAAGAUAAAAAGAUUUAUGUGAUUGGAGAAGAUGGAAUCAUAAAGGAGGUUGAACUUGCUGGAUUUCAAUACUUUGGUGGACCGGAGGAUGGUGAGAAGAAAAUAGAGCUAAAACCUGGGUUUCGAAUGGAGCAUGAUGAGAAUGUUGGGGCUGUUGUGGUAGGAUUUGAUCGUUAUUUCAACUACUACAAAGUCCAGUAUGCAACACUAUGUAUACGUGAAAAUCCGGGGUGUCUUUUCAUUGCAACCAAUCGUGAUGCUGUUACUCAUCUCACAGAUGUUCAGGAAUGGGCAGGUGGUGGUUCUAUGGUUGGGGCUAUCAGUGGAUCUACUCAACGUGAGCCACUGGUUGUAGGAAAACCUUCAACUUUUAUGAUGGACUACUUAGCAACCAAAUUCGGAAUCACAAAAUCUCAGAUCUGCAUGGUUGGUGACAGACUCGAUACUGAUAUUCUGUUUGGACAGAAUGGAGGUUGCAAAACACUUCUUGUUCUUUCUGGUGUAACCACUUUGUCAAUGCUUCAGAAUCCUAAGAACACCAUACAACCAGAUUUUUACACCAAUAAGAUUUCAGACUUUCUUUCUCUCAGGGCUGCAACUGUAUGAGUAUGAUCAUGUUAGCCCCUUAGAAAAUGUUGUCAUUUCCACCAUGUAUAAUGCCUGUGCAAUUUUCUUUUUUACUCCAUUUUCACAAUUUUUUAAUGGAAUGGAUAUUUUUAUCAGAAAUGACGUAAAAUAAAGCAUAUCAAUAUAUAGUUGUACAAUAUUCUUGGCU